UUAUUAUCACGUGACUGGGUCAGCUGGUGUGCCAUGGCGGCCUCAAAUGUUGACACCGUGAAAGCUUUUUCUGGAGAAAAGAACGACAGCCCCAAGCUCGCCAAGAAAGCGCUCCAUGAAUUAUAUUCAAUAGAGGAGUCGGGUGUGCCACUGAAUACUCCAUGGACAUUCUGGCUUGAUAAGACAAUUCGAGGUACAACAGCAGCUGAAUAUGAGGCCAGUUUACGUAAAUUAUAUACAGUUAAUACAGUAGAGGGAUUUUGGAGUGUGUAUAAUAAUAUUCCUAACCCUGGUAUAAUCAGCACUAGAUAUAGUUAUCAUUUAAUGAGACACCAAAUACGACCCAUUUGGGAAGAUGAAGACAAUUCUGCUGGUGGUAAUUGGAGAUUAAAAUGUCAUAAAUUUGACACAGUUGAUGUCUGGAAAGAACUAUUACUUGCUGCAAUAGGUGAACAAUUUUCAAAUUGUAUGGGUGAUGGUGAUGAAGUCACUGGUAUAAGUGUUAGUCUGAGAGAUAGAGAUGAUAUUUUACAAAUUUGGAAUUCUCGAGCUGAUUUAGCUGAACAAUCAACUAUCAUAAAUAAAGUUAAAUCUUUAUUGCCUAAUGUUACAUUUACAGCAGUAUUUUAUAAAGCCUUUGUACAGCAUGAUGCAUUUGAAGGAAAGAAACCCCAUCAACAUCGAUGAUGAGAAAAUGUUAGUCCAGCUAGAACAAAUUUUGUAUAUAUUAUGACUUGAAAUGUAUCAACGAUGCCACGCCUAUGUAUGUGUGAGCUUGUAAUUGUGAUCAAAACCUCAUAUCACAACAUGGCUAAAUUCUCGAUCGAUCCAGCCAAGCAACUACAGGGCAAAUCAUUGGUCCAACUCUCACUGGUCUAAUGUUCUGUGGUUCAACAAGGAUUUCAUUACUAAAUAGUUACUAGUAGGUAUGUAUUUUAGAUUAGCCGAGUAUCAAAUUUUUUAAAUUCUGUUGUAAGCUGUGUGAUCUCCUCAAAUGAGAAGUACCAGCAAUAAAACAUCCCCCCACUCCCUUUUCAGACCAAUUGAGCAUUGGGCCAGUGAGUGUUGGACCAAUGAGAGGACCCCGACGGAAGGUCUCAAGAAGUUUAUAUACCUACAGCAUUGGAGAAAGGUUAGCGGAGACAGCAAGAGAAAUUGUGUUCUCUAUUAUCAUAGCUCUGGAACGAAACAUAUUAAAAUUGUAGUGGUAUCUACAACGUUUAUAAAGAAAUUGUAGUAUCACUUUCUACAAAUCUUUAAAUGAGAUUGUAGUAUCACUUUCUACUAAAUUUGUAAUGAAAUUGUAGUAUCACUUUCUACUAAAUUUGUAAUGAAAUUGUAGUAUUACUUUCUACUGAUUUUAUAAUGAAAUUGUAAGGUAGUGAUCACUUUCUACCAAGUUUGUUAUAAAAUUGAAAUAUGGAUGGUUAUAUUACUCAACUAGAUGAUAUUAUUGUAAAUGAAGACCUUACUCAUCAGAAGUACAACAGAAUUAAGCAGUAGUUUAUAAUACAUAACAUUUCAGGUCUCACAACUCUAUUGCAAGUGAUAAAAUGUUAUGUAUUAAACUGCUUUAUUCUUCAAAAGGUUGUUGUAUUUCUGUUAAGCUGGAACUACUCUACCUUCAUAAUGGUGUCUUCUUUUUAUGAUCCCAUAGUUACACAGAUGUAAUUGGUUUGUCCAACCUCUUUGACUCAUUCAAAGAAUGUGUUGGUGAUUGCCACUGUAUCCUCAUCAAAUGCAGGAUUGUUAGCAGUGGCCUUGACUGAACUAUUGUUCAUCAAAUACACAAAGACUGAUAGUUGUGGAAAGAUUUAUCACCCAAUUUUAUACUUAAAAACAAGAUUUAAUACAUUAUAUGAAAUUCAUGGCUCUCAUCUCAACAUCUUGCCAGCUAUUUAGUUGAUUUUUAGCUUGAUUUGAUUUGUCUUGUCCAGCAAGACAUUUAACAAAAGUAUGGCAACUUUUAACAUUAUCUAAGUUGUAAAAUGAGCUUUUUACACAUACAACUUUAAAUUGUUCUAUAUAGGUCAUGCUUUAUGGUUGAAUUCUUGGAAAGACCUAAUUUGAUGGUAUGUUAAUUGAAUGACAGGUAAAUUCUCCAACCAGUCAGUGCCUCUGUCAGUUAGUUAACACUAUUAGACAUGUCGGAAACAAGAGCCCUGGUGUAAUCUAUAACAAGUUGUACAUUCAAGUUCUAGUCUCUGUCUUGGUUAAUCUGUAAAGCAACUGUUUAAUCAAAGCAAUAAAAAUUAACCCUGUGAUUCAGUAGAAGAUAGGAACUGUCUGUUAAAUCAAUAUGAUUUUAAAACGAACUUAUAAUGUUGGUAACACUGGGAAAAUAAAAUAAUGGUGCUCUGCAUCAUAUUAAUGGAGUAAUCCUCUUUAACUUAGGUCAGAAAUAAAGGGUUAAAUAGGGUUGAUUUGACUUACAUUUCUAUAAGUGAUGGGAAAAGCUCCAUGAAAUUAAAUAUUUAUUUUGGUUGUCUUAAUUUGUCUGAUUAUCAUGACUGUCUUUGUUUAAAGAGUAUGCAGUUUGGAUUUCAAAAGACAUUUAUGAUACAGUAAUCUUUUGUUUUAUAUUAUAUAUUUUUGUAUGUUAGGUCAUGUGUUCCAUUUGAAAAUUUGAGAAAUUCUCUAACAUUCUAGAAAAUUAACAUUUUCCGUCUUUACAAUUUUUGUAUACAUACCGGUAUAAAUAUAUAAAAAAUGAAUAUAUUACAUACAUGUACAUAUUAUGAAUUUGUUAGCACUAGGCCAUUUAUAGAGAUUUAUUAACUGCAGUGAUAUUUUCAUAAAGAAGAAAAAAAAACUCUUGCAAAAGGGCACCAAAGUAGAAAGUCAAGUUCUCUUUGGCAAAUUUUGAGGUUGACCCUCCAUUUUGAUUGAAUAUUGGGUGUGUAUUAUUAUUAGAACACCCAAAUGUUUAAUAAAAACAGUUCAUGUAUGUAUGUUUGGUAGAUGUAUUAGAUGUAUAUGUGUAUCGUAUAAUGAGGGAGAUAUAAUGUUUUUGUUAAAAUAUCACUUUUUGCCUAACAAUAUUAUAAUGAAAUGAUAUUGAGAGAGGACUAGCAGAGGUAUUUGAUUUAAUGAAAUAAAAGACAUUUACCAUUGUCUCAGAAGCUUUUUUUCUUCCUGUUCCUCAUUCAUUUCUAGGUUAAUCAGGCCUAUUUCUUACAAACAUGAUUUAUGUUAUUGAUGAUACAAACAUGAUUUAUGUUAUUUGUGAUAUAAACAUGAUUUAUGUUAUUUGUGAUAUAAACAUGAUUUAUGUUAUUUGUGAUAUAAACAUGACUUAUGUUAUUUGUGAUAUAAACAUGAUUUAUGUUAUUUGUGAUAUAAACAUGAUUUAUGUUAAUUGAUGAUACAAACAUGUUUUAUGUUAUUGAUGACACAAACAUGAUUUAUUUUUUUGAUGACACGAACAUGGUUUUAUAUUAUUGAUGACACCAACAUGAUUAUGUUAUUGAUGAUACAAACAUGUUUUAUGUUAUUGAUGAUGCAAACAUGAUUUAUGUUAUUGAUAAUGCAAACAUGUUUUAUGUUAUUGAUGAUAUUGUUAUGGGUGAUGCAAACAUAAUUUAUGUUAUUGAUGAUAUUGUUAUGGGUGAUGCAAACAUAAUUUAUGUUAUGGAUGAAUUAUUUAGAGGUUAUCUUGUUACUAUUACACAGUCUUCCCAGUUGGUGCAGAAUAGUGCGAGGUUAAACCCCAUUUCAUUUCAUUUUUUACUAUUGCACAAGAAAGGAAAAGAUCUCUUUGAUUGAAGUCAAAAUAAAAAGUGUUGAAUUAUUUAGUUUCACAAGAUGGACAUCUUACUACAUUUUGAAAUGAAUAACUGACUCUCUUUCAACAGUUAACAAUAUCAAUUUAAAAAUAAAGAAGUUUAAACGACUCAACCAAAAUGAAAAGAUGUCAUAUUCAGCUUUUCCCAUACAUCAACACAAUUCAGCAUUUUAAUUUUUAGUAAAUCAAAGAUGAUCUUCACUUUAUCUGUGUGUACCACUAAUUGCUUUAUAGAAUUUUUUUAAGUUUCAUGAAUUAUGUUUUAUUAAGAAAUAGGCCAGUGAUUGUUGUUAUUAUUAGUUACAUAUUAUGGGCUGUGAUGAUUGCUUUGUAGAUAUUAUGUAUUAUAUAGCAGGAUAUAUUCAUUGUUAAAAUUAUUUUUUGCAAUAACCAAUUCAUAAUGUCAUAAAAUGGCAAGGAUCAAAUUAUGUUGAAUAAUGAUAGUUUGAUUGAAAGACAGGUUGAUAUCCAUAUCUAAAAUGAAAAGUCCCAGAGAAUUUAAAAAUUUGUAUAAAAAUUUUCCAAAGUAUCUGAGAAUAAAAGUAUUGGAUAUGUUUUGCUUUAUGUUUGGGCAAAGAAAGAGGCCAUGAUAAUUACAUCAUGUGGUGUUGCUCUUAAUCACUUACCAGUGUCUUGUACAUGCUUCUCUUAACUACAAAAGAAUAACAAUGUGACAACCUUUAGUAUUAUUCAAACAAUAUUUUAUUCAUUUGAAAAGGAUUGAGAAACAUGCAAAGAUCUAUAUAAGUUAUUUCUAAGGGUACAGAAAAGGGUUUUAAAAAAUAUGUCAAAAAUAUGCAUUGGCUUUUCAAAAUAAGAUUCAACAUUUAUGGACAGCUCAGGCGGCUUAGCUGUGUGUUUAUGUUUCACUGCCUAUCAAGCUAUAUUUCUUAUUCAUAGAUAUAGAUAUUUUGAUUAUCUGAUAUGUAUUCAAACCAACAUUAAUUCAGUUUGAGCAAUUUUAUUGGUAUUAGCAGAUCAAAAGUUCAAUAAUGUUGCAAUUCUCCUAUCAAUUGUCAAUAUUUGAUUCUAAUGAGAAUAAUUCUUAAAAGAAAAAAGAGACAUAGUCUGUAUUUAUUUCAAUCAGAAUGUUAUUAGAUUAUUAGUAUGUUAUAUUUUUUUUACAGAUGAACUGUCUAGUCAUUAAGAUGGUAUGAAAAAAUAAAAGUUCUCUUAAAGUCACUGAUGUCAUAAUUUGAUAAGUUUUUGGCUUGUUUUUCUUAAUUCAAUCUUAGGGUUAGGCCUUGAAAAAUUGGGUAUGUAAAUUCAAAUGACAUUAGCAGUUUUGAUAAUUCAAACUUUGUAAUUAUUUUUUUAUACACACUUUUCAAAUUUUAUUGGUUAUUACCAGAGAAAUCUGAAUUACUUACUUAAGUCUGCAAGUAAUAAUUUGCAAAUAUUGUGUUGGCAGUUGAGGACAUAUUUUAAAAAAAUCAUUUUUUAAAAAACCAUUAUACUCCAAAAUAAAAUAUCAAACCAAUCAUUAGCAAAAUAUUAAAAUUUUAUAUUUGGCAGUCUUUUAAAUCGUCUGUCAUCCUCUAGAAAAAUGUUACAACUGGACAUGAAAAUAAAAAAGAUCAGCCAUGCACCUGAUAAAAAAGCAUUUGAUGUACAUUAUUAUUGUCUGUAAAUAAAGCACCUGUCACAGACAUUGUCAGACACAAAUUCAGGCUUUCUCAGGCACAAACUCUGGUGCCUGUUAUUUUAUAGUUGGCUGAUUUAUUACUUUUCAGUGUUCAGUAAUACCGUUAAUACAUUUUAGUUCAUUAUAUUCAGGUUUGAGUUUGUGCACAAUAUUUGACCCGACUGGUUAUCAUUGACAAGUUGUUAUUCUCCAUAGAUAAUCCUUAUUUGUUAUCUCAUUCUUUCCGGCCAUUACUUCAUGUACUUGUAGUGUAUUAAACUAGGUUGAAUUAGGCUAACUAAAUAAACUAUGUAAAACAGUUUGAACUUUAAUAGCUUUUAUGGUUUUUUUUCAUAUCGUUUUUGUUUUGUUUUGAUCUGUAUCAGCCAUUUAUUAAAAUCAUCAAACCAUUAA